CACACAGGGAGAGAAGGGAGACACAAGUACUGGCAACAUGGUAAGACUAGGAAUUCUAUACAUAUAGCGAUGAUUGACAUGCACUGUAUUGAUUUAACUGAAGUGAAUGCUAUAGGGAGAUGUUGCCUACGUGUUUAUGAGUCCCACUUGGUUGAAUGCCAACCGCUCAGUUUUUCCAGACACCAACAAAAGAGACACAUCGUCUAGUAUUUGGUUCACGAUCAUCGUCUUCUCAACGACUUUUUAAAGCACCUAUUGUAUCAGGAGGGACGCUAUCCCAAUCAUCUGUCUACGUUGUCAACAUCAAGUUCUGGAAAAUACCACUAACUAGUGACAACGAUCUCCACAUGACACUUUGUGACGGGUCCUGCUGUGUUGGUUUUAUGUACUUCGACAAUCUUGUUCUCCAAAUAUCUCAAUCCUCUUCAUCCUCGUCUGUUUGUCAGCACUCUAGUUCUACCAGCCAAUGGAAUAAAAUUAAUUACGAACUGCGGGAUGUUCGUUUUGAGCUCUCGUCAUCUCACACUCUCGGUAUGACGCGGAGUGCUGCAUUGGACAAAGGAAUGUCUCACACGUACAGCCACGUUCUGAAGCCAAACAGCGGACUGUGGAUAACAGUAUGCGCAGACCCUUUCUAUGAACACUACGACAUACGUUUCAUUGAAGUGACAGUUAAGAAAGUUGUGUGAACACAUUAGUCAUUCAGUUUGAUGUUACAAAACGGCAAAGACGGACGCUCUGUAGAAUGUUUUGUUGGCAUGCAGUCGAAUUUUCGAGUAGCGUUAAUUGUACGGCAAUUUCCAUGUGUCUAUUUUUUCCGCUUUUUCGU